AUGGCCGACAUGCCGGACCUAUCGCACCUUACGCCCGAGGAGCGCGCCAUCAUCGAGGGCGUCAUGAUGCGGCAACGGCAAGAGGAACAGCGCGAGCACGAGAUUAUGAGGCGUAAGCAAGAUGAAGUCGCCGUGCUUGAACAAACUAUACGCACGCGAAAUGAAAUGCAACGGGCAGCGGGUGUAGAGUUAGCGGCCACAUGCCACAUCUGUUUGAAGACAAAGUUCGCAGAUGGUGUCGGGCAUUCUUGCCACUACUGCAGAGUUAGAUGCUGCGCUCGUUGUGGCGGGAAAGUGACUCUACGCUCUAAUAAGGUUAUUUGGGUGUGUAUAUUAUGUCGCAAGAAACAAGAAUUGCUAUCGAAAACUGGACAAUGGAUUCAUAAGAGUGCGGGUCAGGACUCGAUGCUGUGGCGGAUGGAGUCGGAUAUGCGGAACCUCGCGCCGCCGGGCGAUACUACUCAUGACAAAAGACCGAAAUUGGAACGAGCCCAUAGUGCUGCAGAAAAAGAAAAUCAUCCGCUACAAAGGUCCGGCAGUGCAUUGCGACGACAGUACAGUCAGCAAGAGGCGCGAUGUUACGGAGAAUUAGAAGGGUUGGCUCGUACGCAUCCACACCUCGUACACCCAAGACAAAAAGCGGCGUAUGGCGUUGAAGAUUCUAACGUACCGCCACUAAUGGCUCCUGCACAUCUGAUGCCACAUCCUCACUCGCAUCUACCACUACCCCCUCGUUCCUCGUCAUCAGACGACGAGGUUCCCGAGUGCAUUUCUGACGAAAACGACGAGUAUCGCGACCGUGGACAUCUUGAGGCGUGUGCAUCGUUGCGGCACCCUAAUCUACGCAGCUCAAGCGUGGCCGCCAACAAUUUUUAUAAUUUGACUAAUCAUUCGUCGGCUCCCUACGUUCCGGAGGCGCGCGGGCUGUUCGAUACGAGGACCGCUCCUGCCGGUGGUCGCAGCUUCGAUUCGGUGACGGACUGUCGGUGGCGUGCUCGCGCUGAUGCCGAGAGCAAUUACUUGCGGCCGUACGCUCCAGAUGAGGGCCCGCGCCCCGAACGCGCCGUGUACAAGAGUGCCUAUUUGUGGGAAGAUUCCGCCGAUAACAGACGCUUCACUGAGAGGAGAAAAAAAACUGUUCGCUUUGACGGGCACGAGGGCGCUGCAACGUUCCCGAGAGGGGGCCGUGAUGCCUCUGGUGCGCCAAACGACUGGGCCUCCCUUCGAUGGGAGUCUGAACGACAGACCAGCCAAGACUCCGCUACUAAAGACUCGGGCAUUGAUACCUCUAGUACAUUCACAUCAAGCGAAGAUUCAAAUAGAGGCGAUUGUCCAAAGUUCCCGCUGAGUUGGCAAGUGUCAGUGGACGGCACGCGCAUGAUUGGUCACAUGGUCUUACGUAAGAGCGUUGUGGAAGGAAGCGCGCACUCCUCCGCCGCAAUACUCGGUCUGAAGGUCGUCGGCGGGAAGAUUCUGCCUGACGGUAGUCGCGGGGCUGUGGUAGAGAAGGUCAAGAAGGGUUCAAUAGCUGAUUUAGAAGGACAACUUAAAAUAGGUGAUGAAGUACUACAAUGGAAUGGAGUGCCUCUCCAAGGCCGGAGCGCCGAGGAGGUCGCAGCCGUAGUUGCUAACAGCAAGCACGAUUCCCACGUGGAGCUGGUGGUAUCGCGUCCUUUCGUCCCAGGUCGAACGCCAGCUCAAGCGUGGAGAACUCACAAAGAGGUUUAUACGGAAGUGAUGGGCGGUUGCGAGAAGCCGAGCGUACUCGUAACGUCACCAGGCUCGCCCGACGUGCAUGCGCGCCGCCGCAAUGCGAGACUCAACCACAACGCCAACGUCGCCGGACGCAUACAGCUGAAGGUGUACUUCGACAUUGCCGCACUGCAACUGCUCGUGACGGUAGUGUCAGCUAGUGGACUGACGCCACGGAGCGACGGCUCACCGCGCUGUCCCUACGCUAAGAUAUUCCUUCUUCCUGACAAAAGUGAGAAGAGCAAGCGAAGAACAAAAACGCUCGCCAACACGCUCGAACCACGCUGGAACCAGACAUUUGUCUAUUGCGGCAUACGAACCGUGGAUAUUAAAAAAAGAGCUUUAGAGGUCACUGUGUGGGAUUUUAACCGUUAUGGACCCAACGACUUCCUUGGGGAGGUGCUAUUGGACUUGGAUAGUGUUCUAAUGAGCCAUGAACCGAACUGGUACUUGCUAAAGCCACACGAAGACUCAAGUUUCAGCAGGUAUCGCGAUGAGGAAAUGGAAGGCGAGCACUUGUCGCCGCCGUCAACUUCGACUUCGCGGCUUUCGGACUCGGACACUCCCAGCGAGUGUGACCUGCGCCGGCAUCAUUCGCUCUCCAGCCUCGCCUCCAGCUCCAGCCCACCACCCUCGAAUGAGAUCGACGGAACGCGAAUCAGUCGUCGUGACAUGUCGCCUGCUGGUAGAGCACGCGCGACUGGUACGGCCAAAGAUCGAGGCGGCGGUUACGGCGUGGCGCGUUCGCAGUCAGCAGCGGGCGGGCGCAGCAAGUCGCCGCGGCGCUCGCUGUCGCCCCCCAGUGACCGCGACGCCUGGCGCUAUACAGUGAGCGGCGAGCGCGCGGGCGGUGCGGGCGGCGAGGCGCGGCUACCGACGCACGCGUACGCGCCGCGCUUCCAGUCGCGCUCUGCCACCGCCACGCCCACCACCAGCCCCAAGAAACGACAGCUGCCGCAAAUACCGCACCAGCAAAGCAACCAGAGGGGGGUGCGAGCUCAGGUGUCGGCGGACUUUGAGGAACGUAAGUGGAUCGCCCCGCAUCACAUUGGCGCCACACUCACGUACCGCAGCACGCCUCAAGGUCAAUACACCACCCUCACCCUAUCCCAACAUUACAUUGUAUAUAAAUACAAAAAACAAAUAGCCGAGCGUUAG